AAAAAAAAGUGUACAAAUUAAAAUACCUUAUUUCCUUAGUCACAGUGUUUGUUCUUUAGCCUAAUUGUCAUUUGAAUGACUUUUGUCUGUGUGUGUGUUGUUUCCCUUGACAACAAACCAGGACUGUCGGCCUCUCACACUGUGUGCAUGGCACCGCUGUCUCGGGAAAGACAACCACUAGACAACUCGCCUUGAUGCCCCCCCUUCCCUCCCACACACACACACCAAGAAAAGGUCAAAAUAAUAAAUGUAGCCUCAAUUGAUGGUUUGGCAGAGGGGGGGCGUCAGUGCAAAUUUUUGGACGAGAGCUCCUCCAAAGGACUAAUGAAUUCAUAUAUCUGAGCAUGGCCAAUGAGGGGAAACAGCAUGGCCUCUUUUUCCCAAUGAAAAGGUUGAACUAAAUCUACUGCAGAGCCUCUCAAAGCCAUCACACUCCUAAACAAACUUGCCUGCUUAAACCUCUUUUUCUCUUGCAGACGUACAUCUUUAUACACGCCAUCUCCCAGUGAGCAGAGCCAGAUUAACAUGGAUCAGUGUGUCGACUCGUCCCUUUGUGAUGACACUCACAGCUGCACUCAACACAUUGAACAUCCGGAAGCUUCUGCAGGCUGAGUGACAUGCGCAGUGUGGUCACAACACAUCACCACGGCAACCAUCUUUCACAGCGAGUCCCCAGCAGCAUCACUGGCUCGCGAUCAUCUCCCGUUGUCCGCAGAGCAGAGAAAACCGCAUCGUGUUCAAGCAGCAGUGCAGUCAUGGUGAAACUGGGCACUAAUCUGGCUGAUAAAAUGGAGAAACAGCCAUGUGCAGAUGAUGGCUUUGAUAACAUCCCCCUCAUCACACCCCUGGAGGUCAGCCAGCUCCAGCAGUCAUUUGCAGACAAGGUCAUCGUGAAGACGUCCACUGAUUAUCAACUGCAGCAGCAGAAGAAGAAGAGAAAGUUGUUUAUGCCCAACAUUGACAAGCUGAACAUCAGCUUGUACAAAGAUGUCUCAGACAGAGCCAAGAUUACAGGACUGAUUCUCAUCAUGUUGGCCUUCCUGACCAGCUUGCUCCUCCUCUUGAUGUACAAAGCAAUGUGGUACAACCGCCUAACCUGCCCAGAGGGAUUCAUCCUUCAGCAGAGGCACUGCACUCCGACCGCUCUGGAAUUGUUCCCCGCCGAGCAGCCGAACCCACCUGAUGUCCAAGGCGGCAACAACUCCGGGCUGUACACCGCCCUCACCCGCCUCAACCAGGUGAAAAGGGCGGGGCCUGAGCUGCCAUGGUUACCCGUCAUCCGAGCUCUGAAGGAGACGGACAGAACCAAAGAAGAGAGCCAUCAGCAAGCCAAAAGUGAACGAGCAGGAGAUGAGUGAGGAGAUGACAUUCGUUUGCUUGAUUUCAUGUAUGUUAGUUAGUCAUACAAACCCCGUUUCCAUAUGAGUUGGGAAAUUGUGUUAGACGUAAAUAUAAACGGAAUACAAUGAUUUGCAAAUCAUUUUCAACCCAUAUUCAGUUGAAUAUGCUACAAAGACAACAUAUUUG